GAUGUGAAGAGAAUUUAAUAUCUAUUUGAAAUAUUUCCAUAUUGCUCUAAAUGUGCAAGUUAUCCAAUAGUAUAUUUACUUAUUCAUUCAUUUUCUUUUCGGCUUAGUCUCUUUAUUAAUCCGGGGCCAACACAGCGGAAAAAAACACCAAAUCUGCUGCUCCGCUGCUAGCGACCUUCUUGCUGUGAGGAGACAGCACUACCUACUGUACCACCGCAUUUCCUCCCAUAGUAUUAAUUACUCAAAUUGUUGCUAUUUUAAAUGCCAAUUUUGGCAACAGCUUGUCCCCUUAAACUCUCAUUUUAUGGAAAAAUUACAGUGUAGACAUUCUGCUAAAUCUCUUCUUUUGUAAUUUAUGCCAGGGAAAAAAUAUUUAAAAUUAUUUGAAAUAUUUGCAUUUUGCAAAUUUUGGAAAACACAAAGAUGUUCUGGUUGAUUUGACACUGAAUAACCCAGUAGAAAUGCCUGUACAUGCAAUGGGACAAUCUGAGUUUUGUCAGUGCUAAGGGUGCGGUUGUGUGAUUUCACUUUUUCACUCUCUCUUGCUUCAUCGGACCAUGACAUGUUCAUUCCCACACUUGUCACUGUUGGGAAAAAGUUGCUCUAACACGCUAUGAUAUGAAGUGCAGUGCAGACAUUGCACAGGUAUGUUUUAAUCUCCCAUGGCCCUUGCACCCUGUUAUUAAGCCCUCUAUAUUUCCUUAUUACUCUCUCCACAAAGGUUUUGGGUGUAGGAGGAUUUACUUUUCAUCAUUAACUUCAAUUUCAAUAUUUGCAUUGGAACCAAGAAGACAUUUCAUAACAACAUCAUGGCAUGUUAUUAGUUUUAGCACGGAGACAUUAAUCUUCUUACAUAAACAUAAAUCGGUUGGCGGGUUUAGUUUUUUGUCACCUACUAAAUUCAAAUUUUUAUGAUGGGGUCAUUUGGGCAAAGUUUUCUGGCCGUCUGCCUAUGAAUUUCUGAAUGGAGCUUUGUAGAUGGAGAUUUCUGAAAGCAAUUAGUCAAAAUAACUGUCAACUCCCAUCAAACUCUACCACAAAUAUUUCUGCCUGUGUUUUUUUUUUCCUGCAUGCAUUGCAAGGGCAAGAUAGGGACACGCCUGUGUUUGUCAAGCAGGUGUUUGUGUGUCUGCGAGUGUUUCUGUCAUUCAACCACCACACUUUGUUCAUCUGAAGCGGAGAAGCAGCAAACCCUAAAUACUUCAGCAGCAGCAUCAAACUAGCAGGAACAACAUGAACAUGCAGACUGCAGAGGCCGUGUCAGCGACCAUAAACACCAACCGGAACUGUACUGUGGAGAUCACCAAUAUUAGCUCCGCUUACUGUCUUAUCAAUCCAAAAGUGUGUAUGACCAGUGGGUUCAGCUUCCAUCCUCCUCAACCCACCAUCCGCACCGCCAAGACCGAGGUUUGCUCUUUCACCAAAGAUGAUAACACUGCAACUGGGGCUGUGGGCGUCUUGACCUAUGACCUAUUCCACAUGCAGAACCACAUGUGCACUGAGCGCAUGGCCAUUCUGUUCUCCGUCCCCUAUGAUUACCACCUCUACAAGAACGUCUUGGGCAUAGGCAUUUUUGAGAGCAGCCGGGAAUGCAAUAAAGCCCUGUACAAACACAUGUAUGAGGGGAAAGACUUCAGCCAGUUCACCCGGGUCGAUGCAGGAGGAUCUGGAGUCCUGCACAGGGGAAAAAAAGUCGACUUAAGAGUCACCAUGUCUACUGUCGGCAAGGCUAUUCUUAAGCUGGAGGUGUACGAUAAGAUGGGCUAAAUAAUAAGCAGAUUUAGUAUGGCAUUAACAGAAUAUGUUUAGUUAUUCAUUUUAAUGUGAUACUUGCAUAAUCAUAUACAAAAUCAUAUAGACAUGCAUGCCAUUGUGCUUUCAAAUACUGCAGUUACAUUUUGAUAUCUGUUCAUGGAUUUAUGCGGUCUGUUUUCAUAAUAAUGUUUUUGCAAAAAUUUGUCUGAAUAAAAAAAAAUCACUAAUUUAA